GUUCUCCUCCCACUGUACGGUCCAGGGACCAGGGUUAUAAGUAUGGGUGAAAGAUAGCCAGCCUGUUUUUUUUUCAAGAUAAGAGAAGAACAGAAGAGCCAAGAUGAACUAUCUAAACUGGGUCUUUGUGAUUACACUGUUUUUUGUCGUUUUAGCCGGGGUGUCCAGUCAAAAUGAGACAAUCACAUGGUGUGUGCUGUCAGAUGCAGAGGAGCAGAAAUGUCUGGAUUUUGCUGUGCAUUCCUCAGGGAAGAACUUUCAUGGCAAGCUUCAGUGUACCAGAGCAUACAACAGUAUAGAUUGCAUGGAGAAAAUAAAGAAUGGCACAGCUGAUGCAGCUACCAUGGUGGCAGAUGAUAUUUACGCUGCAGGUUGGUGUUAUGGACUGGAACUUGCUGCUGGGGAAUCCUACAAUGCAAUAGAUGGCAUCAGCUAUUAUGUCGUUGCUUUGGCAAGGAAGUCAUCCAGUGACAUUUCCAUGCUGGAGAUGCAUGAAAGGAGCUCCUGCCACCCAGGAAUCCAAACCACAGUUGGCUGGACGGUGCCUAUUGGAUUUCUGAUGAACACAUCGCAGAUCAGUGUGGAUGAACAGUGCAAUUUCCCAAAGGCUGUUGGGGAUUUCUUUGGCUACAGCUGUGUUCCGGGAGUGAAGGACCCAGAGUACGACCCCAAAGGAAACAACCCUAAAAACCUGUGUGAGGCCUGUAUCGGAGAUGAUAACGACGGGAACAUCUGUGCCAACGACCCCUCUGAGCGCCACUUCGGGGAGGUGGGGGCACUUAGGUGUGUUGCAGAAAAUCUUGGUGAUGUGGCUUUUGUCAAACACUCCACAGUUUUUGAUAUCAUGAAUGUUAAGGACCCUGAAUCCUGGGUAAAGGAUCUGGAGCUUGAAGACUUGAAGCUGCUGUGUCCAGAUGGCACGGAGGCCACCCUGACGGAGCACAGGAAGUGUAAUCUGGCGGCUGUCCCUGCAAGCGCUGUGGUGGUGCGCCUGGAGGAUAAGUGCAGAGUGUUCAAGUUUCUCAACAGGGCACAGAGAAUGUUUGGGAAUGCUAUGCAGGGGUUCUCACUGUUUGACUCCUCUCCCUAUGGAGGGAAAGACCUGAUGUUCACCGAUGGAACCCGGAAGCUUCUUAAAGUUGUAGGAAGCUACUCCUCGUGGCUCGGCCCCAGCUACACAAAGGUUCUUCAGGCUUUUGAAUGUGAAGGUGUCUGCUAAAAGCAUCCUGAACAGGAACUGUUCUUCCUUGUGCCCAAAUCCCUCCUUCCCGACCGGCUCUCUCUGGAUGUGAUUACGCCACAGGAAUGGAAUGCUCUUCUCCUCACUGAAUUUUUAUUUCUUUAAAGCUUUUUGAAUUCUUAACAGGAUCAUUAUUGUUUGUUUAUCACUUAUUACUUCUGCAUUGUUGGUUCAAGUCACCCGGUCUGUUUUGAAAUUAAGAAAAACACAGGCUUCUUGAGAUGAAAUGAUAUUUCAAUGCACUCUACUCUCAUUAUACCCCCAUCCUUCAGAACCUUUUGUGUGCAAGGUCAAAUUGUGCGUUCUAUAGUACAACCAAAAUGCUUUUAAUAAGAUCUGAAGUAUGAUGCAGCCAGUUAUAAGGUAUUUUGUGUCCGGGACAGCAUUGGAUUGAGGCUAUCAGAUAUCUAUAAUGAUGAAUGGUUAAUGAGUGGGAACAGAUUUGUUGAAUUUAACUUUUUGUGCACAGCCUCACACCUCAUCUAUGCAACCUUAAAUGGUCUUUGGAAAAAUGUAAUGUGUAUGCUGUAAUGUUUUAAUACAGUUUUUAAAUGAA